GAGAAUUUCGCCGCUGAGCGUCUGGAGACCCAACAGAGAGAUAGUGAGAGAAAGAGUGUUCAUUACAAAAGUAGCCCGAGGUACACUUUUAGUUUUACGUAUAGUCUUAGUCAGUCUGCACCGCGGCUCUCAACUCAUUAUCCUGCGGGAAAUUCACAGAACUCACUGUCUCUCUCCAGUCCUUUCAGGCGUUUUCUGAGUGAAUUAUGAUCUGUAGUGAGUAAUAAUCAUUUAGCUAGCUAAGCUAGCCUGUUAGGUAGGUUAGCCGGCUAGCUUUGAGCUGCUUUUUCAAUAGCUUGCAAACAGAGGUACAAACACUGUGGAAAUAUUGUGGUUAACUUCCUGUUGUUUACUCUGAAUGUUAAGUGUAGUGCUGUUUGCGAGGAAAAUAGGUGAAGAGUGGAAUUACUUAGCUAGCUACUUUUGCCAAAAAAACUAUCUAGCUAACCGACGGCGUCGGUUUGUUAGCGUUUAGCCUGCUUGGCUGAGGGCUCCUUAGCCGGCUAACGUUAAUGCUGUUUUCUAACCAUAGACCUGGACUGUUAGGGUUGUUUAGGUGAAAUUAGACAAAAACAACGUUGCAGUAUAAUUCACAAAUAAUACUAGCCAGUAAACUGAUGUUGAAGAGUCUGGACGCACUCUAGUUGUGCUCGAUAUUUCGUGUAAAAGUUGAGUGACCUGCUAGUUAGCUAACUGUAGCAUCAGCGGAGGAAGGGAGAAGCCUGAGGUGUAUUUUUGUCUAGAAACAGCAGUUGCUUGGAGUGUCUAAAGAAGCUCUACUUUGAUUUGGCCUCUUGCUUCAGUCAUGGAGAAAGAUGCCUGUAUAGAUGAUCAGGAAAAUGGCGAUAACACAGGGCACACAGUGAAAGAUUCUGUAGUCACCUCUGCCUAUCGAUACACCAAGGAAGAGCUUUUGGAAAUCAAAGAGUUACCAAUCUCUAAUGAGAGACCAGAGUGUUUGUCAGAGAAAUAUGACAGUGAUGGCGUGUGGGAUCCUGAAAAAUGGCAUGCUUCAUUGUACCCCUCGGAACGCAACUCCCCAGUUGAUGGGUACAAGCGAGACUAUGCUGAGGACAGAGUUCCUUUGAAACGCAGAAUUGCAGACCCACGGGAACGUCUAAAGGAGGAUGAUUUGGAGGUGGUUCUUAGUCCACAGCGUCGUAGUUUUGGAGGUGGCUGCCAAGUGGCACCCACCACCCUUGCUCGGCGUCCUAUCAGCCCCCUGGAGAACAAGGAGAACGAGUCACUUCGUAUGACGGUCCCCCGUCGUAUCGGAAGUGGCCGCAUUAUGGCAACGCGUGGAUUUGAGCGGGAUGCUCGGGUGGACAAGGAACGAGAACGAGAGAGAGAACGUGAAUUUAAGGACAAGAGAUUCAGGAGAGACUUCGGUGACAAAAGAGUGUUUAGUGAGAGGAGAAGAAAUGACUCUUAUGUUGAGGAGGAGCCAGAAUGGUUUUCCGGUGGACCCACCAGUCAGUCAGAGACCAUUGAACUCAUUGGCUUCGAUGACAAGAUUCUGGAGGAUGACAAGCGGAAGCCUAAGCGCUCCAGGAAGAGAACGGAAUCUCUGAAAGAAGUUGAGUGUAAUGGUGGUCUUCCUGAGGAGCCACAGGUGGUCCAAGAGACAGGAGCUGAUCAGGAGGUUCCACACGCAGUUCUACCAGAACAAAUGGCUGGAGAGUUUGACUUCAAUGAGUUCUUCAAUCUUGAGAAGACUAUGCCUGGCCUGGCUUCGAUGAUUGAAGACGUGCUUGGUGAAGGGCCGGUUACAGCCAGCCGAUUUAGCCAGUGGUUCUCCAGUAAUCAGAGUCCUUCUGGUAGCCACUCCAGCAGCCUGCGCUCCACCCCACAUGAAGAGUUGGAAAGACUAGCAGGUGCUGACCCUCGCAGUAGCUCUCCUAGUCAAGGUCCUACACCCUACUUCACCCCCAUUCCUUCAGCAGAGCAUAAAGAGAAAGUGGACAUCUUAGAGCUGCUCCAUAAAGCCAAGAUUGACCUUAAACCCCUUCUGUCCAGUUUGAAUGCCAACAAGGCCCGUCUGAAAGAGAGCACUAACUCUGGGGCAGUGUUGUCUCUGGAAGAAGUGGAGGUUGGCUUGAAGGGACUGAAUGUUCAGUCUGAGCAGCCUCAACCCUCUCCCCGGCAGCCACAGAGUCAAGGAGGAGGCACACCCUUCAUGGCUGAGCACCUGGAACAGGCUCUUACAGGAGGUUCUGGGGUCAUGACGCGUCCUCGUGAUGCUGAUAUGUCUGCCUUCAAUAAGCUGGUCAGCAGCAUGAAGGCAAGUGGAACGCUGCCCCCACAUCCCAAGGCCAGCGGGAACAGCCUGCAGCAGUCGGCAGAUGCUGUGAUCCUGAGCCCUAUGUCUGAGGCUCAGGUACCUGCUACACAACAGAAAAACAUAUUCCAGGAGUUGUUAGGUGUUCAGGGUGCUCCACGGGCAGGCUCUCCGCUCCUGAGUGGUCUGCUUGGGAAUCCUGAUGCCCCACCUGCUCCUGCCCCUGGCCUAAUGCAUCACCGUGGCCCCUCACCCCCUCUUUUCCCUCAGAGAGCUCCCAUUCAGGACUUCUACGCAGGCUGCAUGCAACCAGGAACAGGGUUCCCUGUUGGUUCGCAGCAGAUACUGGGGGAUCAGAUUCCUGAGAUGCACAGAGCCAUAAGUCCUGGGCCCACUCCACAGCAGUUGAGGGUGUUGUCGAUGGGAGUGGACCAGGCAGAAUUGGAUGCCUUAAUGUUCCAGCAGGAUCUGGCAGUUCAUGCUCGCCAUCAGUACCAACAAGGCUACAAUAAACAAAGUCAUGAUAAAGCCUACCGGAACAGACAGCCAAGGAUGAACCGAUCCCCUGGCCCCCAUCCACCAGGCAGGAAUUCUCCUGUCGCUGCUGUCACUAGCAUGCUGUCCCCAUCCUUUACUCCCACUUCAGUAAUAAGAAAGAUGUAUGAGUCAAAGGAAAAGAGUAAAGAUGAGCCAACGAGCAGGCCAGGAAGCAAAGAAGACACGGCUAACUCGCAGGAUGAAACUCCUUCCCCUAGUUCCUUCCUUGAGGGUGUGGACACAAGUGGGCCUCAGACAGGUGGAGUAAAAGCCUGCUCUACACCUGUAUCUGCCCAGAAUCGCCACUCUAAAGAGCCAGAACGACCCAGGCCCAGCUCCACUACUGGGCACCACACUCCUGCCAUGCUGUCCCCAAGCUCCUCUUCCACCUUCCCUAGAGUGAUUUACCCAGCACCCCUUUUGUCUCAUGUCCCUUUAGUGAGGCCUCCACCACCACAGCUACAUCCCAGUGUGGUACAGAGGAUGCUUGCCCAAGGCAUACAGCCUCAGCAGCUUGGACCUGCACUGUUACAGACAGGAAUGUUCCCCCAGACUGUCGAUCUGUCCCAGCUACAAGGACUGCCCCCUGCUCUUUUAGGUCAGUCUCUGUAUCCUCUAGGCACGACAGGGCAUCCCCUCAUCCCUCCAAGAGCUGCCGGGACACACAUGCAGUUAGCAGUCAUGCAGCAACAGAGACCGAGUCUUCAUACAGGGCCCACUGGAGCCCCUCAGUCGCAAAGCCACAGUGCACAUCGGACAAACCAUUCCCAGCGGAGAGGGGGGAGCCCACCUCUAGGCCUGGCCAAGUGGUUUGGAUCUGAUGUACUGCAGCAGCCCCUCCCUUCCAUGCCUUCAACUAAAGUAAUCAGUGUUGAUGAACUGGAAUUCCGCCAGUGACAUCAUCCUGCAACUCUGCAGAGUAAAGCAAGACUUCCCUUCCCCACUGACCUGUUUAGUUUGGAAAAAAAAAAAACGUGAACUUUAAUUUCUAU